AAAAAUGGGAGAUUCUACCAAUUUUGCAUCAAAACAUCAAGUUUUUGAUGUUUCUGUCAAUGUAACUGAAUCCAAGCGUUUUGACGACGAUGGACGUAUCAAAAGAACUGGAAGUGUUUGGACUGCAAGUGCUCAUAUCAUAACUGCUGUGAUUGGUUCAGGCGUUUUAUCUUUGGCUUGGGCUGUAGCUCAACUUGGUUGGAUUGCUGGUCCUAUUGUUAUGCUUUUAUUCUCUUUUGUUACUUAUUACACCUCUUCUCUGCUUUCCGAUUGUUACCGCUCCGGCGACCCACUUUCCGGCAAGAGAAAUUAUACUUACAUGGAUGCUGUACAAGCAAAUCUCGGUGGCUUACAGGUAAAGAUUUGUGGAUGGAUUCAGUAUGUGAAUCUGUUUGGAGUUGCUAUUGGAUACACAAUUGCUUCUUCAAUUAGCAUGAUGGCUGUUAAAAGGUCAGAUUGUUUUCAUAAACAUGGUCAUAAAGCACCUUGUUUAGAACCAAAUACUCCAUAUAUGAUCAUAUUUGGAGUAAUCGAAAUCGUCUUCUCACAAAUACCAGAUUUUGAUCAAAUUUGGUGGCUUUCAAUUGUUGCUGCUGUAAUGUCUUUCACUUACUCGACGAUCGGUUUAGGUUUAGGCAUUGCUCAAGUAGCAGAAACUCGAAAAAUUGGAGGAAGUUUAACUGGAGUUAGCAUUGGAACUGUGACUGAAAUGCAAAAAGUUUGGAGAACUUUUCAAGCACUUGGAGCUAUUGCUUUUGCCUAUUCUUACUCCCUCAUCCUUAUCGAGAUUCAGGAUACAAUCAAAUCCCCACCCUCAGAAGCCAAGACAAUGAAAAAUGCAACUCUAAUUAGUGUAUCAGUAACAACAGUUUUCUACAUGCUAUGUGGCUGUUUUGGCUAUGCAGCAUUUGGAGACCAUGCUCCUGACAAUUUACUAACUGGUUUUGGAUUCUACGACCCGUAUUGGCUACUCGAUAUAGCCAACAUAGCCAUCGUCGUUCAUCUUGUAGGUGCAUACCAGGUUUACUGCCAACCCCUUUUCGCUUUCAUUGAAAAAACAGCAGCAGAAUGGUACCCUAACAGUAAAUUCAUCACCAAGAAUAUUAGUUUCCCAAUCCCGGGCUAUAAAUCGUACAACCUCAACCUAUUCAGGCUAGUUUGGAGGACGAUCUUCGUUAUCAUCUCCACUAUCAUCUCUAUGCUGUUACCAUUCUUCAGCGACAUCGUUGGAAUACUUGGAGCAUUUGGAUUUUGGCCUUUGACUGUUUAUUAUCCAGUGGAAAUGUACAUUGCACAAAAGAAGAUACCAAAAUGGAGUAGAAAAUGGGUUGGUCUUCAAAUUCUGAGUGUUACUUGCCUUAUUAUCUCAAUUGCUGCAGCUGCUGGUUCUUUUGCUGGUGUUGUAUCUGAUCUUAAAGUUUACAAGCCUUUCAAAUUUACUUAGUAAUAACGAUUAGUUUUUAUAUUA